AAGGGAAUGGCUGCUGAAGGGAAGAAAGCAAUUGAGCUGGUGCAGCACACAAAGGUACCAAUUCAGGAGUCUUUAAUAGUAUGCAAUGACAAAGAGCUCAAUGAACUGGCAACAAACAAUUUCAUGGCUCUGAUGAGGUUCAUGGGAGACCAGCAGUACCGAGAGCAGGAUGAUGUCAAAUGUAUCUAUGAUAUCUUGUUGCUAUGCAAAGAAAAGCCAGGGCUGAAAGAUGAGGUCUACUGCCAAGUGCUGAAACAGAUCACCGAAAACCCAAAACAGGAGAGCUGCAACCGUGGCUGGAUUGUGCUGAGCCUGCUGACUGGAUAUUUCUCGCCUACCCCCAUUCUGCUGCCAUGUGUUACCAAGUACCUUCAGGACACUGUUGGUGACUAUCAAGAAAUCUCUCGGAACUGCCAA